UGGCUGCCCGAGGCAUAAAGCAGGAGCCCAGGGAGGAUUCAGGACAGUCCAGCUGCCUCCCUGGGUCCCUGAGACCAUCAACACCAUCUCCCUCUCGCUCCCUCGCUCUGUCCAGACAUCCAGCUCGUUCACUGUGCCUGCGAUGGCGUCUGGAGAGACCCUGCACGUGAAGACACCCAUCCGGGACAGCAUGGCCCUGUCCAAAGUGGCCGGCACCAGCGUCUAUCUCAAGAUGGACAGUGCCCAACCCUCUGGCUCCUUCAAGAUCCGGGGCAUCGGGCACCUCUGCAAGACGUGGGCUGAGCAAGGCUGUGAGCAUUUUGUGUGCUCCUCUGCGGGCAAUGCAGGCAUGGCGGCCGCGUACGCCGCCAGGAAGCUGGGCAUCCCGGCCACCAUCGUCGUGCCCAGCACCACACCGGCUCUCACUGUGGAGCGGCUCAAGGGGGAAGGCGCCAUGGUGGAGGUGGUGGGCGAGACGCUGGACGAGGCCUUCGAGAUGGCCAAGGCGCUGGCCAAGAACAACCCCGGCUGGGUCUACGUCCCGCCCUUCGAUGACCCCCUCAUCUGGGAAGGCCACACCUCCCUCAUCAGAGAGCUGAAGGAAAGCCUGGGCACCAAGCCGGGCGCCAUCGCGCUGUCCGUGGGCGGCGGGGGCCUGCUGUGCGGAGUGGUCCAGGGGCUGCAGGAGGUGGGCUGGGGGGACGUGCCUGUCAUCGCCAUGGAGACCAUGGGUGCCCACAGCUUCCAUGCCGCCACCACCGCGGGCAAGCUGGUCUCCCUGCCCAGGAUCACCAGCGUUGCCAAGGCUCUGGGUGUGAACACGGUGAGCGCGCAGGCCCUGAAGCUGUUUCGGGAGCACCCCAUCUUCUCUGAAGUGGUCUCGGACCAGGAGGCUGUGGCCGCCAUCGAGAAGUUUGUGGAUGACGAGAAGAUCCUGGUGGAACCGGCCUGCGGGGCAGCCCUGGCCGCCGUCUACAGCCACGUGGUCAAGAAACUGCAGGGGGAGGGGAAGCUGCGCGCCCCGCUGCCCAACCUGGUGGUCAUCGUCUGUGGGGGCAGCAACAUCAGCCUGGCCCAGCUGUGCUCCCUCAAGGAACAGCUGGGCAUGAAGAAUGGCCUACCAAAAUGAGGGCACCCGCAGUGCCCCUGGCCGGACCACCCUGGGGCCAGAGUCCCCAAGUCCCACGUGCAGUGCCCUGGGCCUGGCUGUGAGCCUGGACCUGCGUCACUGGCCACUGGGCCAAGGACCAGGUGGGCAGCAGCAGGCGCAGCCAUGGACUGAACCUCGCAUCUGUGUGGCCGCUCUGCAGCUGUCCCUGGCCACCCCUGCUAGGAUGACUGCCUACAAGUGACACCAGGACCCCGAGGGGGGGAGGAGCUGAGUGCCACUGGGGGCCUGGACCACGGGCCCUACCUCCUCAGCUGCCUGGGGCCCUCGGCCGCCCUCUUGGAGGCCAGCUACUCCUUUUUCUAACGAGCACUUUUUCACUGGAAAAGACAACUAUGUAUUUAUGACACAG